UCUCCCUGUCAAUAAUCCUGGAUCCCAGACUUCUCCGUUCCUCCGGAUUUCGAUCCCCUUUUUCUAUCUGUCAAUCAGCGCCGCCUUUGAACUGAAAAGCUCUCAGUCUAACUUCAACUCACUCAAAUCCGACCGGCACAGGCUUCCUAUAUCUGCAGCUUCUACCCCCUCCCAUUUUUACAGCUGAUUUGUUUGGUUUGUUUGCUACCAUUUUUUUAAAUAAUUCCCCUCCCCCGUUUUAACCCUCCCUCGUUAUAUAAUUUUUUUCUUAUUAAUUUUUUGUGUCUCUGCCCGCGUGUCUGUGUGCGCGCUUUACAUGCUGAUCUGAUCAUCGGAAGAAAAGAGAGAGAAAAAAUCCAGAAGAAGGAAAAGAAGAAACCCAAAGUCACUGGUGCAAAAGGAAAGGAGCAGGGACAUUGCCCUCCCCUCCUUCUCCUCCUCCUCCUCCUCCUCCCCCCUCUGUUCCCCUCCCCAAGAGGAAAGAAAAGGAGAAAAGAACUUUCACCUGGGACUCUUCUUAAAAUUACAAACUUCUCCCUUUUCUUUCUGUCUUGCUUUUUUUUUUAAGAAAAAAAUCCUUCCCCCUUUUCUUUCCUUAUUUUUUUCUGCCUCUCCCUCGUUCUGUCCUUGCAAAAUUGCUGCUGGUGGGGGUAAGGCAGGAAGAAAAUGCCGCAACUCAAUGGCGGUGGAGGGGACGAUUUGGGGGCAAACGACGAAUUGAUCUCUUUUAAAGACGAAGGGGAGCAAGAAGAGAAGAUCUCGGAGAAUUCUUCGGCAGAGAGGGAUUUAGCGGACGUCAAAUCGUCUCUGGUCAAUGAAUCAGAAACUAAUCAAAACAGCUCCUCUGACUCGGAGGCGGAGAGGCGGCCUCCGCCUCGGUCCGAAAGUUUCAGAGAUAAAUCCAGAGAAAGUUUAGAGGAAGCUGCGAAAAGGCAAGAUGGAGGGUUGUUUAAGGGCCCACCAUACCCUGGGUAUCCCUUUAUAAUGAUUCCCGACCUGAGCAGCCCCUACCUCCCCAAUGGAUCCCUUUCGCCCACGGCGAGAACGUAUCUCCAGAUGAAAUGGCCACUUCUGGAUGUCCAGGCAGGAAGCCUACAGAGUAGGCAAGCCCUUAAAGAUGCCAGGUCUCCAUCUCCAGCUCACAUCGUGUCUAACAAAGUCCCAGUUGUGCAGCACCCACACCAUGUACAUCCCCUUACACCGCUUAUUACGUACAGCAAUGAGCACUUCACGCCAGGGAAUCCUCCUCCACACUUACCAGCCGAUGUAGAUCCCAAAACAGGAAUUCCACGGCCUCCACACCCUCCAGAUAUAUCUCCUUAUUAUCCACUAUCACCGGGCACUGUAGGGCAAAUUCCCCAUCCGCUAGGAUGGUUAGUACCACAGCAAGGUCAACCAGUUUAUCCAAUCACAACAGGAGGAUUCCGACAUCCCUACCCCACUGCUUUGACCGUCAAUGCUUCCAUGUCAAGCUUUAUCUCCUCUAGGUUCCCUCCACACAUGGUCCCUCCUCAUCAUAGUUUACAUACAACUGGGAUUCCUCAUCCAGCAAUAGUCACCCCAACAGUCAAACAAGAAUCUUCCCAGAAUGAUGUUGGCUCACUCCAUAGCUCAAAACAUCAGGACUCCAAAAAAGAAGAGGAGAAAAAGAAACCACACAUAAAGAAACCUCUUAAUGCAUUUAUGUUGUAUAUGAAGGAAAUGAGAGCAAAAGUUGUAGCAGAAUGCACACUGAAAGAGAGUGCUGCCAUCAAUCAAAUUCUUGGUCGAAGGUGGCAUGCACUAUCUAGAGAAGAACAAGCAAAAUAUUAUGAACUAGCCAGAAAGGAACGGCAACUUCACAUGCAACUUUACCCCGGCUGGUCCGCACGGGAUAACUAUGUAGGUGGCUAUGGCAAGAAGAAGAAGAGGAAAAGGGACAAACAGCCAGGAGAAACCAAUGAACACAGCGAAUGUUUCCUAAAUCCUUGCCUUUCACUUCCUCCGAUUACAGACCUGAGCGCUCCUAAGAAAUGCCGAGCGCGCUUUGGCCUUGAUCAACAGAAUAACUGGUGCGGUCCCUGCAGGAGAAAAAAAAAGUGCGUUCGCUACAUACAAGGUGAAGGCAGCUGCGUCAGCCCACCCUCUUCAGAUGGAAGCCUACUAGAUUCUCCUCCAUCUUCUCCUAACAUGCUAGCCUCCCCCACAAGAGACUCAAAACCACAGACUGAACAGACCCAGCCUCUCUCACUUACAUUGAAACCUGAUCCAUUGGCACACCUUUCAAUGAUGCCACCUCAACCAUCCUCCAUAGUCCUGACUGAAAGCUCUACUGGCAAAUCCAAUGGUCUGCCGGCUAGUAAUUGUCAGAAUGGGGCACUGGACCAUCAGUCAGCCACUCUACAGCAAUCAGCACCGGCCUCUUCUUCGUUAGCUCAACCAUCAACAUCCUCCUUGCAUUCCCAUAAUUCUUUGACUGGGACACAACCUCAGCCAUUGUCACUUGUAACCAAGUCUUUAGAAUAGCUUUAGCUUCUGAGUAUUUUUUUUAUUUUAAUUUUUGUGUCAGGAUAUAUUUUUUUCCCUUUCAUUUGUAUUUUUUUUAAAAAAAUUGUGCCAUAUGGCUGGCUACAUUAGUUAAUGUCAAUCAAGUUCAUUGGUCAAUAUUUGACCCAUUGUUAUUUCAUUUUUUUUCUUUUUAAAUAUGUAGAUGGGAAAAAAAAAAGCCUCAUGAUUCUGCCAAAAUUUUUAUCAACAGCUGUUUAAAGUCUUUGUAGCGUUUAAAAUAUUAUAUAUAUAUAUAUAUAUAUAUAUAUAUACAUAUAAAUAUAUAUAUACAUAACUGUUAUGUAGUUCCAAUAGUUUAGUUUCAAAAGAACUGAUUUUAAAAAUGAAAAAAGAAGCAAUUUUGAAGCAGCCUUUGUCGAAGGCAUUGGUUCUUUAUUAUUUGUAUUAAAUACGAGCUUGCGAACCAAUCAUUUUACAUCUGGUUUUUAAAACUUUUUAAAGGCACAAUGAAUGCAGUGCCACUAAUUUUUCCCCAUUUUUUUUUCUUUGUGCGAUACAACUUUUCUUGUGAUGUUACUUGUUAUUGUUUAAAUGUACAGAAACAAAGGUUAAAAUGUGUUAAUAUGCAUUGUUCCAUGGUGGUGUUCUUUUUGGGGGAGGGAAUGCUACUCAAUUAAAAAGUAUCACAAC